CGUCCCUGCACAGCUGUCGGCCGGCACUGCGGAGGCUCUCCCGGCCUCGCCGGGCUCUUUUCGCCCGGAUAACACUCGGGACUCUUUUCCCCCCGGAAGCGGAGCCGGAGUUUUCCCGGUCCCUGCCCGGCGAGUCCCCGCCACAGGAAAAGCUGUUCUUCCUCCCCUGGAAGGCCACAGCGCCGCUCUCCAGCCUCCGUGAUUUAUGUGUGACUCGGAGCAGAAUGGAUCGCUAUCGAUACUUCAUCUUCAACCAGAAGAAUAUGGUGGUGCUGGGGAUGUUCCAGAUAGCCCUCAGCACGGUGUGCGUCGUCAGCGGGUUCAUAGAUGGCAUUUUCAGAACAGAGUCUCAGCUGGGCAGAACCAGAGCUCCAAUUUGGGCUGGGAUGGUGAUGGGAGUCCCAGGCGUGCUGGCUUUGUUCUCCUCUCAGAGGAAGAAUCCAAUCCUUGUGAAUGUACUGAUAGUUGCUUCCAUAAUCUCUUGUGUUGCCAUCCUCAUCGUAAUAGGUUAUAGCUCCUUCACACUGAACUAUGGUGAAGAGGAGGAGCUGAGUUCUGCCCCAGUCCAUGUUAUCCAUACUAGGUUCGUACUCAGUAAGGUGGUCAAGGGUGCUAACAUAGCCAUGCUGGCUGCAUCUAUCUGCAGUGCCUUUUUUGUGCUGGCCAUGGCUUACUUGGGAUGCCGGAGCCUUCCACGCUGCGCCUGCUACGACAGUGUGACUGGGAUGGAAUGGUUGCAACCUACUGAGGACCAAAAUCAGGCUGUGGAAAUGGUUUGUGCUGUACAAAGCCCUGGGGGCAGAAUUUUUAACUUCCCAGAUCGGUUUCCAGCCCAGGAUGUGGAUGCAGAGGAAGACACAUCCAAACCUCCACCAUAUAUCAGACUGACUUGAGAAAGUGGUUGAACAUUUUGUUCAAACGUGGCAAGAGAGAUGUAACAAGCUCUUAAUCUUUAAAGAUGGUUAUGCACUUUUCCUUGGCCUCUUGAAAAACACACACAGGAAGAGAGAACUAUUGAAUGCCAAACAUUCACCAGAGACCACAGUGCAGAGGAGAAGAUCCGCAGGUGGUUUUGGACAUUCAGACUUUGUAUAGUUAAAAUACCUCAUUGCCUCUGGAAAGCGUGAGCAUUUUUUUUCCUCUGGCUUUUGUACUUAAAUCAUGUUUUAUUUCACUAGAACUCAUCAUGCAAUUUGUGUAGCACUGCUAGCCUUAGGCAUUUAAAUAUUAAAUACAAUUGAAUUUUUUUCAAGUGCUGUCUCGAUUUCUCCCUCUUACUGAGUGAAUUAUUUGGAUGAUACGAUACCUGGAGAAGAAUAAUGAAGGACCCACUUCAUCACUGAGCUUCAGAGUGUUUUCCUUUUCUUCUUGGUAGGAGUAGGGGCAGGUAAAGUUUUUGAUAUGAAGCCUUGACAAAGCCAUUCAGGUAACUCUGUCAGAACGUGGAUUCUGAGAGGUGUACAUGUGUCAUUACAAUUAGUUUUAGUGCUGAAGUGUAAUGCUAGAGUGUGGUAGGAACUGGAGCUGCGGUAGCUCCUCUUACAGAGUCACAAAUACUCUGAAUUCAGUUCAGGUUUUUCUGUUUCAGCUUUGGAGACUGAAAGUUUAAAAGAAAUGCUUAUUUUGAAAAAUUAAUUUUCAAACCCGAAAGUAUUUAGCUUCAAUCUACCUAUAAAUUACUAGGAAUGAGUGCCUGCUUUUAGAGGUUUUCUAAUUACAUACUUUUCCAGGUAAGGUAAUAUGAGAUUAAAUUAAUACUUAGAAUCUCAGGACUAUGAAUAAUAUGCUUUCAAGUAGAGGGAGGGAAUGUUUAUUUGUUGGGGUUUUUUUAGCUAGAAAAUGGUGGAUACUUAAAGAUUUGUAAAAUUGAGAUGGACUGGUGACUAGAAUUUACUUGGUGUAUAGUAAGUGCUUAUUACUUUUCAAGGUGAAUGAUACCUUCUAGAUUGAGCUGUUUUACAAGAUCAUUGGUACAGAUAUAUUCUGUGGAAAAAUUGUAUUGGUGCCUUGCUAAACUUGAUUUGCAUCAGAGAAAUUGCUCUAAAUGCUUAAAACCAAACCAAAGCUAGAACACAAUAAAAUCUUUAUUCUCUUAAA